AUGGACAUUGGCAUCUCUGAACGCGGUAAGGUCUACUCGGGAUGGAAGCAUGGCGGUUCAAAAGACAGGGCGAAGGAGGUUGAUACUAUCAAUUUCCAGGAGAAAGACAAGGAUGGCUAUGAGCACUUCGAGUGCCAAACACGCAAUUGCCAUAUCUGGCUCAACCAGUGCGGGCUGGAUCUUGUCUUCUUGGUCACUGCCGGGAUAGAUCCGAAAAAUCCUUUCGAGGGCCUUGGAAUCCGCCUGCCGCAGUCGAUCGAAGAAGUCGAGAAAUUAGAAGGCCCGCUGACCGAAGAGCAAAUCAACGACCCCAAUGCCACCGAAAUAUCCAUCUAUGAGCAAGAUCCCACCAGCCCCACCGGCGAGCGGCUCAUCGAGCACAUACGAACCCCCGAAGAGCGACGGAAACACAACGAGAUUCACAAGAUGCUUAUGCAGGCGGAAGAAAACCCAGACUACGACGACCGGGAGCUCAAUAAGCAUAUGUUGAAUGAGCUGAUGCAGGAUCCGUACUUUGCGGAUUUGACCGACGAGCUGAAAGACAUCAAGGAGAAUUUUAUCUUGACAAAGCAGCAGCAGGAGGAAAUGCUGGCAGAGGCGGAGAAGGCGGAAGAGUCUGAGGAAAUGCAGACAAAAUCUGCACUGCAGCUGGCAACGUACGAGUCUUUGCAAGAAGUGAUCGAGGACCCCAUAUUUGCACAUGCGCGCGCGGAGCUAGAAGAACUGCAGGACGCUCUGCCGGAAGUUGACGGCGAGAACACAGAAUACCAGGCCGCACUGGAUAAGGUGUUGGAGAAGCUAGGCGAUGACCCGAAUUUCGACAAGAAGAUUGCUGAAUGGGAAGCCGAAAACGGACCGAUACCAGAUCCUUCAGAGGCUGACUCGGAGCUGCCUGAAGAGACGGAUCCAUUCGACGAACCGGAAGACAUGACCGAGUUAUUGCGCCAGAUGAAAGAGCUGAUGGGGUCCAUGGGGAUGGGGUCGUCUAUGAGUGAGGGAGUUCAAGAAAAUGACAACGCGCUCGAUAAGCUCGAAGCUGAAAUGGAGAAAGUUCUCAACGAGGACCCAGAAAAUGAAGAUCUGGACGAAGAAGAGAUCAAGGGCAGGGAGAUGAGCUUUGCAGAGCUAGGCAAAGAGCUAUACCAGCUCGCAAAAUCCUCUCCCACUGGAGGGGCUCGGGAUUUUGAUGAAGAUGGUGAGCCGGUGGACGCCGAGCUUGAAGCCAAGGUCGACCAGAUCAUGAAAGAUCCGAAGCUCAUGGAGAAGCUCAUGUACAUUCAAAAAGUCAUCAACGAGGAGCAGCGGAAGCAGGCACCAUUCGAAUUGGCACCUGACCCGACGAACCUCGAACCUCAUCGCAUCACAAGCCUGCAGGAGCGCAUGCAAGUCGCAAAAAGCAACCCAGAACAUCUUGCAGCCAUGCAAGCUCUCCGCGUGGACCUUGCUCCGCCGUUUAAUAUUGCGCCAGCGCUGCGCGUCUUCAACGAAGCCAUCGAGUAUGCGUACAUCGGCGCGAACGACGACAUCCGACGCAUCCUUUGGCGUGCUUAUUCGAAAGCGCGCUCGCUGCCUACAUUCCUUCAGAAUCUUUCUGACGAUGCGUGGGACAUCAUGUACUACUCGCAGGCUGUGACCUGGCGAAGCAAUCAGAAUCGGGAGGAUCACUUGAGGCUCCUGUUGCAGGAUUUGCAGAGUGUUGGAAAAGAAGGACCACCGACGCACCCCGACGUAAUCGCAGAAAUGCAGGAGUAA